AUGCAACUCCUGAGGGCAAUAGGAUUCUUCCGAGGAAACAUUUUAAUCUUAAGCGCCACAAUAGGGGCAGGAAUCUUUGUGUCUCCGAAAGGGGUAUUAAAAUAUUCCUCACUGAAUGUGGCUAUCUCCCUGAGUAUCUGGGCGGCUUGUGCGGUGCUGACUUUGAUCUCCGCCCUCAGCCAUGCAGAGCUGGGGACGACCUUCCCUAUAAGUGGAGCACAGUAUUAUUUCCUCAAAAGAUCUCUUGGUUCCUCUGUUGCUUUCCUCAAUCUUUGGAUCAAACUAUUUACUCAUCCCUUAAGACUAGCUACUGAAAGUUUGUUAUUAUCUACCUAUACAAUUCAGCCUUUCUACGCUGGGUGCCCAGCUCCAGAGCUACCAAAGAGAUGUCUAGCAUUGGCUGUUCUGUGGUCUUUGGGACUUCUAAAUGCUCGAGGGGUGCAAACUGUGGCUUGGCUUCAAACUGUCAGUACAUUGGCGAAGAUGACUGUCCUCUGCUUCAUUUGCCUCACUGGGAUUGUGCUGUUAGGGAUGGGGGAAAAGGAGAAUGUGGCCAGGUUCGAGAACGCUUUGGACGCUGAGCUUCCUGACGUCUCACAGAUUGCAGAAGCCUUCCUGCAAGGACUGUUUGCGUAUUCUGGCACGUCCAUCCUAAACAGCAUGGCAGGAGAGAUAAAAAAUCCUGGUAAGAACAUCCCCAAAUCUCUGAUUACUGCCAUUCCCAUGGUGGCUGUGGUUUACUUACUGGCCAAUGUAUCCUACCUGGCAGUUUUGACUCCCAAGGAAAUCGUCUCUGCAGAUGCUGUUGCUCUCACCUGGACGGACAAAAUCAUCCCUUCCAUGCAGUGGGUCAUUUCUUUUGGGAUUUCAACUUCAGUAUUUAGCAACAUGUGCUGUACAGUGCUUUCAGCGUCAAGGAUGAUCUUCACAGCAAGCCAAGAAGGACAGCUGCCUUCGAUCUUCUCAAUGCUCAAUAACCACUCCUGUCCAACCCUGGCUGUGAGCCAGAUAAUCAUCUUAACUUCCAUUGUUAUUAUCACCUCAGAUUUAAUCAAUUUAAUAAGAUAUUCAGGAUUAGCAUUAUGGUUUUUAAGAGGGCUACAUAUGAUAGGUUUACUUAAACUAAGGUACCAGGAACCCAAUCUACCUAGACCCUACAAGGUGCCUUUGCCAUUUAUAUUUGGAUCCAUAGCUAUAUCUUUGUUUCUGAUUUUGACGCCAUUGAUUAAAACUCCUAAAAUGGAACAUAGAAGCCACGGCAGGGAGAAGUCCGCACACCGCGGGGAGAAGUCCGCACACCUCAGUGAGAAGGCCGCACUCCACAGUGAGAAGUCCUCACACCGCGGGGAGAAGCCCGCACACCGCGGGGAGAAGUCCGCACACCGCGGGGAGAAGUCCGCACACCUCAGUGAGAAGACCGCACACCGCGGGGAGAAGUCCUCACACCGCGGGGAGAAGCCCGCACACCGCGGGGAGAAGUCCGCACACCUCAGUGAGAAGACCGCACACCGCGGGGAGAAGUCCUCACACCGCGGGGAGAAGCCCGCACACCGCGGGGAGAAGUCCGCACACCUCAGUGAGAAGACCGCACACCGCGGGGAGAAGUCCUCACACCGCGGGGAGAAGCCCGCACACCGCGGGGAGAAGUCCGCACACCUCAGUGAGAAGCCCACACACCUCAGUGAGAAGGCCGCACACCUCAGUGAGAAGUCCGCACUCCACAGUGAGAGGGCCGCACUCCACAGUGAGAAGUCCUCACACCGCGGGGAGAAGCCCGCACACCUCAGUGAGAAGCCCACACACCUCAGUGAGAAGGCCGCACACCUCAGUGAGAAGUCCGCACUCCACAGUGAGAGGGCCGCACUCCACAGUGAGAGGGCCGCACUCCACAGUGAGAAGUCCUCACACCGCGGGGAGAAGCCCGCACACCUCAGUGAGAAGCCCGCACACCUCAGUGAGAAGGCCGCACACCUCAGUGAGAAGUCCGCACUCCACAGUGAGAGGGCCGCACUCCACAGUGAGAAGUCCUCACACCGCGGGGAGAAGCCCGCACACCGCGGGGAGAAGUCCACCCAUCUCAGUGAGAAGCCCGCACACCUCAGUGAGAAGGCCGCACACCUCAGUGAGAAGUCCGCACUCCACAGUGAGAGGGCCGCACUCCACAGUGAGAAGUCCUCACACCGCGGGGAGAAGCCCGCACACCGCGGGGAGAAGUCCACCCAUCUCAGUGAGAAGACCGCACACCGCGGGGAGAAGUCCGCACACCUCAGUGAGAAGGCCACACACCUCAGGGAGAGGUCCUCACACCACAGUGAGAAGUCCACACACCUCAGUGAGAAGGCCGCACACCUCAGUGAGAAGGCCGCACUCCAUAGGGAGAAGUCCUCACACCGCGGGGAGAAGUCCACACGCCGCGGGGGGAUGUCCGCACACCGCAACUAA